CCGCGCGCUCAUUGGAUGCCCUGUUAAUGAUGUAAUCAGUAACUCGUUAGUGAUUGGUUGCUCACCUCCCUUUAGUUUAGCGCACGUCCCUCCUCUGUUGUUCCGGAAUACAAGCAACCUACACAAGAUUCAGCCAUGGAUCUUGUGCUGAAUGUUGCCGACUAUUACAUCCUCACCCCGUACGUGUACCCUGCGUCAUGGCCUGAGGACGGGGCCCUGCGGCAGAUUAUCAGCCUGUUAGUGCUGACGAACCUCGGGGCUGCAGUAUUGUACCUGGGCCUCGGAGCCAUCAGUUACUAUUUCAUCUUCGACCACAAUCUGAUGAAACACCCGCACUUCUUAGAGAAUCAGGUUCAGAGGGAGAUCAAAUAUGCAAUGACCUCUCUUCCCUGGAUCAGCAUUCCUACGGUGGCUUUGUUUUUCGCUGAGGUUAGAGGAUACAGCAAACUGUAUGAUAAUGUUAGUGAAUCUCCACUGGGUUGGACUGGGAUCUUCCUGAGUAUGAUCUCCUUCCUGUUUUUCACUGACAUGUGUAUCUACUGGAUCCAUCGCUUCCUACAUCAUAAGCUUAUUUAUAAGCUGUUUCACAAACCACACCACUUAUGGAAGAUCCCCACACCCUUUGCUAGCCAUGCCUUUCACCCAGUAGACGGCUUCAUGCAGGGGCUCCCAUACCACAUCUACCCCUUCCUGUUUCCCCUCCACAAGGUGCUCUACCUGGCCCUCUACAUUUUCGUCAACAUCUGGACCAUCUCUAUCCACGACGGUGACUACCGGGUCCCCAGCGCUCUGACGAGUGUUGUCAACGGCUCAGCUCACCACACCGACCACCACCUCUUCUUUGACUACAACUACGGCCAGUACUUCACGCUGUGGGACCGCCUGGGAGGCUCCUACAGGCACCCGUCGGCCCUGAUGGGGAAGGGUCCCCACGAUCUGAUCCGGAAACUUCAAGCAGAGGGAAAGUUAGGAGAUGACAGAGCGAAGGCUAAAGGGCAACUGAAUGGACAUGCUCAGAGAGGAGUCACCUGUAAGGAGGAAUAAGAGGAGCGGAAACUACAUUGAAUAUAUUAAAAUGAUCAUUAUUUUUAUACAGACAAUGUGCUACACCCAUAUUGAGCUGGAAAACAUAUUUGGGAGUAAUUUGAAUGAGUGUAUUUGCCAAAAAAGCUGUUGAGAGAUUUUGAAUUCUAGUGGAUAAUGUAAGAUGGCUGUCCCUGCUUUGACAUCAAUAGAGGCAGGCUUCGGGACGCGACGCUCUCUGAUGUACUAAUCAUGCCAGCAGGCAAGAACAGAUUGACACUCGGAGCCACCGUAAUUACCUUGCAGUGCUUAUGAUCGAAGGGAGUGAUAAAGUGACUUUUUCUAUAAACCACACAAGAGUAUAGCACAAAAAGCUGCUUGCAGAGCAAGAAACAGCAGAGCUGACAGACUGGAGGAGCAUCAAAGGGCUGGAGCUACAGGAGCUGCUACGACAUUAACUGUGAAUGGGAGUUUGACUUCAUGAUUAAUGAUUGACUUUGACUCAAACAAGUUUUAAUUCGAGACUCAGUCUGAAAACUCUGGCAAACUAACAACUGCUUUAAAGGAAAAUUCUGGUAAUUUUCAAUAAAAAGCUUCUUAAAUGAACCCUACUUCUACAUUUAUCACUGAGAGCAACCAACUGACUAAAACCCUGGCUUAUAAUACCAGAAUCUUCCUUUAAAAAACUUUAGACUGGCCUGUCUCAGUAGACCAACCUUUAGGCAACCAUCCUCUGAUGACACUAACCUGGCACGAUGAGAUAAAUCUGUUCUUUUUCUCUUAAGAAAAGAGUGAGCUUUGGUUUCUUUAACAGCAGUUCAUAUAGACUAACACUGAAUUAAAGGACAUGAUCAUGAUCAUGUGAUUUUGAACAUAUUUUUUGCACUCUUAUCAGUAUAUUAUGAGCGACAUGCUUCUGUUAACUGUAGUUAGUUUACUGUAUUUUCAGUUUUAACCACACACUGGAUGAACAUGGAUGUUUGAUUACAUUUACAUUUUUUUUAUUUUUUUUUUUAAUUACAUAUUAGUCACAGUUCAUGUCUUCGCUCUGUCUGUUGAGGUGAUUGCAUUAUCAUUAAUAGGAGAAUAAAACUGCUUUCUCCCUUUACUGUAGAAAAGUUUUUUGGGCUUUUGGUUACAAACAAAAAUAUAAGAAAUAAAUACAAAAAUGUAAUUGA